AUGCGUAUUUUCUUGUUGAAUCCGGGUGAAGAAGCGAUCCUGCCCGAGGAGGGGCUCAGCGAGCGGGGUCGUGCUCAAGUCGACCAGGUCAUCGGCCACUUGUGCGAUCUCGACUACUACAAGCAGCAGAAUGCGUACCACGGAGCCGCUUCAGUGGCCGAAGAAGUGCCGGGAAAAAUCUUCACUUCACACGCAGUUUCACCGAAAAGUUCUCCCGGAGGUGGGAGCUCACCCACUGCAGGCGCCCUCCUCGGAGCACUCGAACAUCAGGAAUACCAUGUUGAUGACGGUCCGAAGUUCUUUGCGCCACCAGAUGGAAGCGAGCAUGUACUGGUGAUUUAUCAUGGCGCUAGUUCGGCGGCGGUGGCGGCCGCGGAGUGCGUGCGGGAACGAGUUGUGCGGGACGGCACGUUUUCGGACGCGAUGAAGCUGCAGUUGCUGUCGCCCGCAACCAGCAUCGCGGUCGAUUUUUGGCGCGAUUUGCUGCGCACGCGACCAGGCAAAAUCCCGCGAACGAUGGGAGCAGUCGUUGCGGGAAUAGAGACUGCGAGUCUUGCACAGCAGGGCGGUUUGAUGUCACCAACAACUGGAGCGGGAGCAGGAAAGACGGCGUUAUUAACGUCCUCUGAUAGAUCGACCGGUCAGGCCAGCGAAAAGGGAACGGGUUCCAGAGUGGCGAGCGACCGUAAGAGCGGAGUGGGAUCACAAGCGGCAGGAGCAAGCGGCGUCAGAGAGCAGUCAGUGGCAGGCAGUGGGAGACAAUCGGGUGCAGGAGCAAGUGAAGGAAACAAAUCUGCAAAUAUGAGCGAAAAGGCAAGGAGUGAUACUGCUGCGGAACAAGAGAAAACAGAGGAUGCUGAACCAGCAGCGGAAGAAAAUGCAGAGCAACACGAGGAAGCUGCGGGAAAACCCGCAGAAGCAGGCGGAGAUAACCCAGCGGACGAAAAAAAAAGUGAGGUUGGCGAACAAGAUGGGGAGGCGGCUGCAGGGCAAGAGCAGAAGAGCGGCUCAAAGAAGUCUGGAAGUGGCGCGAAAUCGUCACCGUCAUGGAAGAAAAAAAGCGCAGUUUCAGCAGUGCCAGUUUCUCAGAGCAACAUGUCCCAGAGCUUGGUUUCCGAUGUAGCCGGGCGACGCGGCAGUAGGGAGGAUAGUCUGCGCAGCGCCGUCGGGACCAAUGCUGUCGCUUCCGGCCAAGAGAUGUUGGCUCCUUAUGAAUUGAGUGUUGUCAUUGUUUGUGUUCUAUGUUCAUGUCUCUUAUAUCUAGUUUAAGAAGUAUGAUGUCACUUCGUCUCAACAUUUGCUUCGGAGGUGAUUGAAAGAAGAUGAUACAUAAAGAAGUUUCGACCGGUCUAAUCUCUAACUCUCGCCAGUCUCUCCGCAGUCUCUACAGCAAAAUCGUCCCAAGGUCGAUCGCGCGAUUUUAGCGCGGAUUGGAAGUGCGGUUUUUAGCGUCCUUUUCGUAGUGGAGGAACCGUUUUUACGGCGCAUGAUCGCAGAGUUAACUCGACUGCAUUGUCCGCCAACUAUGGGUUGCAGUACGACAUCAAGAUCAGCAGGGGGUCUUAACAACAUAGGCGGAGCAACGGCGCAUCUGCAGGACCCAAUGCCGGUUCUUCCGACUGAUUUCGGGGGCGAUGUCGAAGUCCCCAGCAAACUUCUUCCGUUCCUGAAAUUGCGACCGGGAUGUCUCGUGGGCCUAGAGGCUGAACGGGAAACGGAACUGCCGAAAUGGGUAGUGUUGGGAGAAAAAUCUCUACAUGACUUCCACUGGGAACUCUUUUUCUUACUCACACCAGAAUAUGCUUAUUCUUAUUGA